GUUCCUUUAAUGCAGCGUCGCUCCUUCAGGGACGGGGGCGAGCGCCCAGGACCUGAUGGAGGACGAGGAGACGGAGGCCGCGGACGAAGACGAGGACGACGAGGCGGAAGUGGAGGACGACGAGAACGUGGAGCUGACGGAAGAAAAAGAGGAAGAGGAGGAGGCGUCGGUCGGAGAGGUGAAGGCGUCCCCCAACGCAGACACCACCAUCCUCUUCGUCAAAGGAGACGACUUCCCUGCCAACGAAAUCGUGAAGUUCCUGCUCGGUUUCUCCAACAAAGGACCGGAGAACUUCGUGGUGGAGUCUCUGGACGCCUCCUUCCGUUACCCACAGGAUUACCAGUUCUACAUCCAGAACUUCACGGCGCUGCAGCUCGGCAUCGAGGUUCCCGCCAGCCGGCAGGCCACCUUCGAGUACUCCUUCAUCCCCGCCGAGCCCAUGGGGGGGCGGCCCUUCGGCCUGGUCAUCAACCUCAACUACAAGGACGCCAACGGGAACAUCUUCCAGGACGCCGUGUUCAACCAGACGGUCACCAUCACGGAGCGCGAGGACGGACUGGACGGAGAGACCAUCUUCCUCUACGUCUUCCUGUCGGGCCUCGGGCUGCUGGAGAAAUCUGGCGCCAGCGAGGGAGUGCUGAGAGGAGGCUGGAGCGACAACAACGGCUCCAAGUGGCAACGGCCCUUCGAGGUCACACGGCAGGUGGGGGACGUCGACCACGAGGUGGUGUGGUCUGACGGGGGCGGGGGCCGGACCGACCUCAUACACAGUAUCGAGAAGCCCCCGGGCGUGACUGUGAGACUUUCUUUGCCAACAGGAUUGGAGAAAUCCAAGGCAGCACGCAACGUCAGGAUUGGUGGUGGAUCCCUGGAACGCUCAACAUUGCUGAUAUUAUCACUCGUGGGGCUGGUCCAAAAGAUUUGGAUGAAGGUUCACCAGUUCCUGAGUUUACCAGCAAAUGAGUGGCCAAUUAAGUCUGCAAAGGACGUAUCCGCAACUGCCAGAGAGAGUGUUGGAAAGAUGCAAAAGAAAACAUUUACUGCCGUACUCGCAAGAGCUCAGGUGAAGAAAGGGCCACCAGACCUGGAGUGUCGGAGACCACCUGCUGGUGCUUCUGUCCGAAACCUGGUGGAUGAAGGACGGUUCAGCAACCUGACUCACCUGGUUAAAGCGGUUGCCCAGGUCUGGAGAGCAGCUAAGUGCUUUGCAGCUCAAAGCAGGAUCUUGGGGACUCCAAAGUGGGAGGCAGUUUCAUCAGCCGGGGUCAUCACUGCAACAGAGCGCCAAGACGCCUUAAGAGACCUUUUUCUUGCUGCACAAGAGGGCGUGACCUUUCCAACAACCACAACGGACCGGUUGGUAGUCUUCAAAGAAGAAGGAACGGGGCUACUAGUUUGUGGUGGGAGGGUCCAGGCUUUUGAUGAAGACCGAGUUAGUGUUCCCCUCUUACCUUACAGUGCCUGGGUUUCAACAUUGUUGGUUCGUGAAGCUCACAGCAGGGGUCACGAGGGAACAGCUGCGACUCUACUGAAAGUGAGAAAGAGAGCAUGGGUCAUCAAGGGACGGAGAAUUGCUCAAAAAAUCAUUGAAAACUGUGUGAUUUGCAAGAAAGCCAGAGCUAGAAGAUGUCGCCAAGUGAUGGGUGAUCUGCCUCAAGAGAGAACCAGGCCAGCGGCUCCAUUUGAAUUCACGGCAGUUGACCUGUUUGGACCGUAUCUGGUCAAGGAUGAUGUGAAGAAGAGAGUCUGGAUGAAGGUUUGGGGCGUCGUAUUCUGCUGUAUGUCCAGUAGAGCAAUCCACACAGAGCUGGCCAACACCAUGUCGACUGAAAGCUUUCUGAUGGCUUAUCAGAGGUUCACAGCAAUUCGAGGACAUCGUAAGAAGAUUUGGUCCGACCCAGGGACCAAUUUUGUUGGUGCCAAACCUGUUCUGGAGGAGUUGUAUCAGUUUCUGGAUGGUCUGGAUAGGCCUGCUGUGGAGGAAACUUCAGCUCAAAAUGGAACCAGCUGGCAUUGGGAAAUCCAGCCGGCUGAUUCACCCCAUCGAAAUGGCUCUGCUGAAGCAGCUGUUCGGAUUGUGAAGAAGGCGUUCCAGAGUCUGGGGAGAGAAUCAGAGCUCAGUUACAGCGAACUUCAGACGCCACUUCAGCUCGCUGCUAAUCUGUCGAAUGAGCGUCCCAUUGAUGCCAGGGUGCAGAGCUGUGAAGACACCGUGCAGUACAUCACACCCAAUGCACUCCUGUUGGGGCGGGCAUCAUCGAGUGGUGACUGGAAAACAUUUGUGUUUACGAGCUACCCCUAUAAGAGGCUUCAGGAAAUGCAGCACCAGGUCAACAAAUUCUGGAGGUCCUGGAGCCAACUUGCCGGCCCUAAUCUCUUCGUGAGGAGUAAAUGGCACACUACACAGAGGAAUGUUGCAGACGGAGAUAUUGUUUGGCUGUGCGACCAAAAUGCAUUGAGGGGUGAGACCUGCAACAUCAGCAUCCAGGCAUCUGGCCUCCAGCAUCUGGAGAGACGUUCAGUCCACAAUUCUUCAUCGGGACGUUCGACGAUUGGUGGUUCUGCUGCCAGUGGAGGAGCAGGCAGGAGGCCAAAAAGGGGAUCUCUGACCACAAGCCCAAACACAUGCCGGAUAGGGAGAUUGGUGACUCUCAUGCCAGCCCUGCAAUUGACUGGCAACCAAGCGACGGUUUACCCAGUCUCUCGCCCGAGUGUGAUUGACUCCAGCAACCCUCUAAGGAUAAGCAAAAUAGGAGACGACUGA